AUGGCAGGUAGUAAGUUAGCGUUAGAGGGGCGAGUGAGUAUAAUAAGCUUUAUUCUGGGACUCUGUGUUAUUUUAAUUCCACAUCUUUCGUCACUGGGAUCGCAUGCCCCCGGGAUUUUCGACUAUGUGCCGGAGAUACGGGACAAAAUAGCCAUCGCUGUUUAUCUGGUUGUGAUAAACCUCUUCUUGCUUGCCGUAUACAAAGGACCAAUGUAUAAGGUGGCUGUGCGAGCCUGCUUCCUGGGCUUCAUCUUUGGCUGUGGAUUGCUGAUCAGUUUAGGUCAAACAACAUGGACACACUUUGGUUGGUACAUGUGCUCCCUGUCGUUCUUCCACUACUCGGAGUACCUGGUGACAGCCAUGAUUAACCCGCACAGCCUGUCCUUAGACUCGUUUCUGCUGAACCACAGUGUGGAGUACACAGUGGCUGCCCUGUCCUCAUGGCUGGAGUUCACCGUGGAGAAGCUCCUGCUCCCAGAGCUGAAACACUGCCGUUGGCUCAGCCUGCUCGGGUUACUCAUGGUGGUGUGCGGGGAAGGCCUGCGAAAGUCGGCCAUGCUGACCGCCGGCUCCAACUUCAACCACAUCGUGCAGAACGAGAAGGCACAGAGCCACGUGCUGGUCACCUCCGGGGUGUACUCCUGCUUCAGACACCCCUCCUACGUGGGCUGGUUCUACUGGAGCAUCGGCACACAGGUGGUGCUGUGUAACCCCGUGUGCGUGCUGGGCUACACGCUGGCCAGCUGGCGCUUCUUCCGUGAGCGCAUCGAGGAAGAGGAGCUCUCCCUCAUCCUCUUCUUCGGAGAGGAGUACCUGGAGUACAAACGCAAGGUGCCCACCGGCCUGCCCUUCAUCCAGGGCAUCUGCGUGGACCCCUAAACCGGCGGCGAACGGAGUGAGGAAGAGUUCAGCAUUUAUCUAUAAGAAGAAAUGAAACGGUGGAGACCCUCCUCAGAUCGGUGCCGAAAGGGGAGGGAGGGAGCUGGCAGCCUGCAACGCUGUGGCUCCACCCCCUGGCUGCCAGGAGGUCGCAGUGCCCUAUCAGGCACAGGGAGACACUGACAUGCUAAGCACCGAAGCCCCGCCCCCCUCGCUGCAGGACGGCCCCAUAUCUGCAUAUCUGACCACACCCCCAAGCAACCCAGACCACAG